AUGUCUUACAGAAAGGAGCUGGAAAAAUACCGAGAUCUGGAUGAAGAGGCGAUCCUGGCAGCUCUGACAGAGGAGGAGCUCACCAAGUUAGAGAAUGAGCUGGAAGAGCUGGAUCCUGAUAACGCGUUGCUGCCGGCUGGCCUCAGGCAGCGGGAUCAGACCCAAAAGCCACCCACAGGCCCGUUCAAGAGGGAGGAACUCAUGGCCCACCUAGAAAAGCAGGCAAAGGACAUUAAAGACAGAGAAGACUUGGUUCCUUUCACGGGUGAAAAGAGAGGAAAAGUUUGGAUCCCCAAGCAGAAGCCAAUGGAUCCUGUUUUGGAAAGUGUGACUCUGGAGCCGGAGCUGGAGGAAGCCCUUGCGAAUGCCUCUGAUGCAGAGCUCUGUGACAUUGCAGCCAUCCUUGGUAUGCACACCCUGAUGAGUAACCAGCAGUACUAUGAGGCACUGGGGAGCAGCACCAUUGUCAACAAAGAAGGGCUCAACAGUGUGAUUAAACCCACACAGUACAAACCAGUUCCAGAUGAGGAGCCAAACUCAACUGAUGUGGAGGAAACUCUGAAGCUAAUACAGAGCAAUGAUCCUGACCUUGAGGAAGUCAACCUUAAUAAUAUCAUGAAUAUUCCCAUACCAACCUUGAAAGCUUUUGCAGAAGCAUUGAAAACCAACACCUAUGUGAAGAAGUUCAGUAUAGUUGGGACACGGAGCAAUGACCCUGUUGCUUUUGCACUGGCAGAAAUGCUGAAGGUCAAUAACACACUGAAGAGCCUGAAUGUGGAGUCCAACUUCAUUUCUGGGUCGGGGAUCCUGGCUCUGGUUGAAGCUCUCCAGGGCAACACCUCGCUUGUAGAGCUGCGCAUCGACAACCAGAGCCAGCCCUUGGGCAACCAAGUGGAAAUGGAGAUUGCAAACAUGCUAGAGAAGAACACCACCCUGCUGAAGUUUGGCUACCAUUUCACUCAGCAAGGGCCCCGGCUCCGUGCCUCCAAUGCCAUGAUGAAUAACAAUGACCUAGUGAGGAAGAGGAGGCUUGCAGAGCUGAACGGGCCUAUCUUCCCCAAGUGCAGAACUGGAGUGUAG